AUGGGAAAUAGCCCGUCAAAAAAUGAACCCCUACCGAAGUCCUCAUCAAGUACAACAACAAUAUCAGCAAACAGCAACACUGACGCCAAUGGUGAUAAUACCGACUUAGACUCAGAUGAUAUAGCGCCUGCGCUAUCUCACCCAACUGCAAUAAACAAGACUAAGGAUUUAAAGAAUACUCAGAACGAUUACGUUAAUAAUGACUAUUCCCAGUACAAACAUUCCAAGAGAAGUGAGCAUGCUGUUUCUCCUGCUAUAGAGAUCAGCCAAAGCUACGGUAGUGGCGGUAGAAGAAAAGGCAGUUUUGCAAAAACUGGCAAUACACCGACUAACCAUGCGGGCAGAUACAGAGUUUCCCCAGAAGCAAACAAUUUUGAUGUUGAAAUAGGCAUAUCAAUGGCAAAGUUGUUGAAGAAUCAACAAGACGUGUCUUCUUCUUCCCUAGACUCUCUGGAAGCGUCAUUUUUGUCUCCGGUUUUCACUACACUUGGUAAUGAUUUAAAGGAUAGCGACCUGCUACUGUCAUUGAAUUCAUCUAGUCCUACUGCCAAUAACGGUGGCAAAAAUUUACCAGGUAUGGAGCACCAGGAUGGGAUUUUUGGAAAAUUAGACUCUAUAGCGGAAAGCCAAUCUUUAGAGACAUCUCCAGAACCAAGGAAGUUGUCAACAGAAAACUUGAAAAAACACGACAAGACUGUUAGAGAAGUCACCAAGACAAAAACAACAGCGAGCCUAUCGUCUGUUUCCAGUUCGCCGCCUUUGAUACCUACAAGCAAAAAGACGGGUGUAGAUAUUGAUAGUAUUAUUGAACGAUUACUAGCAACCAAAAAGAGAUCUCCUUCGCGUAAAGCAAAGGACAAACUUGUUGUUGAUACCAAUGAGAUCAAGUAUAUUUUGGGAAAGAGUAGACAAAUCUUUUUGGAACAACCAAGCUUGUUACGACUUUCUCCACCCGUCAAGAUUGUUGGUGAUAUUCAUGGACAGUUCCAUGACUUGGUGAGAAUAUUCAACUGCUGUGGCUAUCCUCCUCAUUCCAACUAUCUAUUUCUUGGUGAUUAUGUUGAUCGUGGGGAAAAAUCUUUGGAAACAAUUUUAUUAUUACUUUGUUACAAGAUCAAGUAUCCCGAAAAUUUCUUUAUGUUGAGGGGUAACCAUGAGUCGGCAAACAUCACUAAGAUUUACGGUUUUUACGACGAGUGCAAGAGAAGAUUGAGCGUGUCCAAAUUGUGGAGGAAUUUUGUUGAUGUUUUUAAUGUUUUGCCAAUAGCAGCUACAAUCAAUGAUAAGAUAUUUUGUGUUCAUGGUGGAUUGUCACCGGAAUUGGACAAUUUCAAGCAAGUUGAAGAUAUCAAGAGACCUACAGAUGUACCGGAUAAAGGUUUGUUGACUGAUUUAUUAUGGUCAGAUCCUGAUGCACUGGUUAAGAAUCUUUCAUUAACCAAUUGGCCCAAAAAUGAUCGCGGUGUUUCGUAUUGUUUCGGAAAGAAACAUGUUGAUUAUUUUUGCUCAAAGUUCAAACUAGAUUUGAUUGUUAGAGGCCAUAUGGUUGUAGAGGACGGAUACGAAUUUUUCAACAAAAGAAAACUAGUGACCAUUUUCAGUGCACCAAAUUAUUGUGGGGAAUUCAAUAAUUUCGGCGCAAUCAUGAGUGUGGACAAGAGCUUAUUUUGUUCAUUUGAGUUGAUCAAACCUAGUUAA